AUGUCCAAUCGACGCAAGAGACGUAGUAAUCAAGUUGACCAGGAGCUUAAUGAUGAUGCUCCAGAUGAAAAUGUUGAUGGUCCUUUCUCUAGGGGUUCCAUCAUCAGGAUUCGUCUUAAAAAUUUCAUGACGUACAAGAGUGUGGAACUCCAUGCUGGGCCUUAUUUGAACAUGGUUCUGGGUCCAAAUGGAACUGGUAAAUCAGCUCUAGUUUGUGCUAUAAUUGUUGGUUUAGGAGGAGAUCCUUCAGCCACCGGACGUUCUGGCCAACUUAAUGAGUAUAUUCGAUUUGGUUGUCCUUACGCUCAAACCGAGAUUGAAUUAUUCAAUCCAUCAGGUGAUAAUUAUGUUAUCAAGAGAAAAAUUUCUACUUCUGGGGAUGGUAAAAGUAAAUCGGAUUGGUUAUUGAACAAAGUGCCAAAAAAGUUAUCUGAAAUUAAGGAAUUGAUAUCAAGCUUAAACAUUCGAGUUAGUAACCUGUGUCAAUUUUUACCUCAAGAGAAAGUGGUAGAGUUCGCUCGGAUGAAUCCUGUACAGCUAUUGGAAAAUACUCAAAAAGCUGCUGGCGAUGAAAACAUGUUUACCACUCAUGAGAAGCUUAUAAAGUACAGCGAUAAGAUCAAGGAGCUUCGUAAAAAGAAAGCCAAUUUAGAUCAACAAUUAGCUACUGAUCAACACUUAACUGAUCGUUUGAUUGAAGCGGUUGAACGAGUUAGAGAAAAGGAGCAAUAUGCCGAGAAAUUGAGUUGGUUGCAAAAAAAGAAGCCUUGGCUCGAAUUCGAGCAAGUUCGACAAGAAUAUGUUGAAGCUAAGGCAAAUUUGGAGAGACGAGUUAAAGAAUACGAAAAGAGUAGGUCUCAAAAUAAGCCUUUGGAAGAGAAAGUCGACAAGGAGAAAGCAGCCAUGAAUAAAGCAAUAGCUGAAACUAAAGCGUCUUUAGAAGAGCUCAAACCAUCAAUUCACCUUGUUCACAAUCACAAAAAGGAAUAUGAUAAAUUAUGUGAUAAGAUAGCUGAGGCCUUAACCGAGUUGGAUGGAAAAAAGAAAAUUGAAGAAAACAGAAUAAAAGAUGUUAAAAA